AAUGUUAAGCAGAAAGCCAAAAUGAGAACUGAACUGAAUCAUAUUCCAGAAAAAGAUUACAAGAAAAUCAAAGAAAAUUUGUCUAGAUUAAAUAUUCCAACUUCCUCUGACGAAAAAAGAAGAGAGGAAGGUGUUCUUUGGGGAGAAUGGCUGAAAGAAGAAAAGGAAACAAAUUAA